AGGGUUAGGGCUGCUUUACUUUACACACCCACUCAUGGUUUAAAAUCGCAUGUCGACGACGCCGACUCAAGCCAGCGUCGCCUUCCGCGCUAACCUCGCGCGUCUGGUCUCUCCCCUUCGUCGUGUCCGGCCUCGAGUCCCAUUCUUCAAACUUGCCAUCCAUCGCGUACCUACUCUCUCUCUAUACAGAAACCUGCUUCGACACGCGCCCCACGAGAGUAUACGUUGGCGGGUUUCCACUCUCUUCCGCCGCUAUCAGAACUCGACUGGCACGGAGGAAACGAGGAAAGGACUAAACACGGGUUACAAGUUAUUAGAUGCGUUCAAACGAGCACUGGGCGGGGACGAACGGCAGCGCGCGAUUCUCCAGCGCUAUUCCCGCCUAAUCAAUGCGAAACGGGAGAAGGAAGAUUGGAAACGGCUGGUUCUAGUUGAACGAGCUGAACAAAUCAAACGACGACGGUCGAGGUGGAUCAUGACGGGUGCUCUGAUGAGAGCGACGUUGUUUAAUCCACCUCUUCCUCGUAUCAAGCCUCAGCCUCUGGCGCUGUCAUAUAUCAUUCGCAAACGCAAGAACGGGCGCACACGUCGUCUGGUCCGGAUUGGGGCCUUGGAUGAGACAUUAUUGGACAUCCAACGGGAAGCCGAUUCCGAGUACAACUUGUUGCAAGACGAGCCUAGUUUCGAACCUGUGUUUCACGGUUUCGUGAAAGAGUGGUCAACUCCGCUGGAGACCUUGCGAGAGGAAGUGCAAGCCAGUCUACAGCGCGAUUACGACCGGGUGAAGAUGCCCGUCACCGCAGAAUUACGGGAUACUUUACGCUCCGCGCGUCGUGCAAAGAUCGCAAAUAAGACACGAGAACGGGUCAGGGAGCGGGCUGGGGAAAUCUUACCCUGUACCAUCCGUCGAGCGCGCCAAGGCCCUCCGGCCCAUGUACUGGUGCAUAUGACAGCUGCCCAGCGACACGCGGAUCGGGUCGUGCGGGGUGUCAGUGAAGUGGGCUAUGUUGGCAUGAUGAAGCUCAAGAAGGGUUUCAAGCUGAGAGAUGACGGCAAAGGAAUUGCGCGUGAAAACAGCACAGACCUGGAGGGAGAAAGAUUGGAACGGUUGAAAGCCAUGGAGCGUGCGUUUGCCAUGGAGACCAAUAAAAGGCAGCAGAAGUCUUUGAACGUAUGA